AUGCAGAAAGAUUCCUUCUCCCAAAUGCUGCUUUUCCUUAUCAUCCUUCUGAGGAGCAGUCAGGCCCUAAACAAUGACGCCACCGAGCACACAGGUGGCCUCCUGGCCCACGCGGGCCCGCCCCGGGAGGACAUCAAGCCUGGAAACGUGUCCCUGAACCGGGCUAGAGCUGGAGGGAGAGCAAUGGGGAGGGACGUAAACGAGCGAAGCCAGAUGGGCUGCAGAGAGCUGAGGUCCACCAAGUACAUCUCAGAUGGACACUGCACCAGCGUCCACCCUAUUAAGGAGUUGGUGUGCGCCGGCGAGUGUCUCCCGGCUCAGAUGCUUCAAAAUUGGAUCGGCGACACCCACCGGUCUAGAAAGUUCUGGACUCGCCGCAGCACCGGUGCCAACGGUAGCCCGGACUGGCGCUGCGUCAACGACAAAACCCGCGCUCAGCGCAUCAGGCUGCAGUGCCAGGACGGCAGUGCCAGAACGUACAAAAUCACAGUGGUCACUUCAUGUAAGUGCAAGAGGUUCUCCAGGCAGCACAACGAGUCGGGACACAAGUUUGGGGUUGUGGUACCGCCGCAGACGCAGAUCCUACACAAGUCGAAGAGCAGGAAGUCGCUGGGAAAGAAACACAUGAGCCAGAACUGGCACCAGACUGCACCGUGA